GGCUAGAGCCGGGCAUCUGACUGAGGAUAAAACAGCGCACCCAGGUCCAAUCGUCUCACUCUGAGUUCCUCCAAACGCAGCUAGUGCGGGAUAUCGUGUUAUUUUCUCUUAAGCCGCUAAACCCCCACACCCAAGUUCAGCCAUGGAAGAGGAAAUUGCCGCACUGGUUGUUGAUAACGGCUCUGGUAUGUGCAAAGCUGGAUUUGCCGGAGAUGAUGCUCCCCGUGCAGUCUUCCCAUCCAUUGUGGGGCGCCCAAGACAUCAGGGCGUGAUGGUUGGUAUGGGUCAGAAGGACAGCUACGUUGGUGAUGAAGCUCAGAGCAAGAGGGGUAUUCUGACCCUGAAGUACCCAAUUGAGCAUGGUAUUGUUACCAACUGGGAUGACAUGGAGAAGAUCUGGCAUCACACCUUCUACAAUGAGCUGCGUGUUGCCCCAGAGGAGCACCCUGUCCUGCUCACCGAGGCUCCCUUGAACCCCAAAGCUAACAGAGAAAAGAUGACGCAGAUCAUGUUUGAGACCUUCAACACCCCAGCCAUGUAUGUUGCCAUUCAGGCUGUGCUGUCGCUGUAUGCCUCUGGUCGUACCACUGGUAUUGUGAUGGACUCUGGCGACGGUGUGACCCACACUGUGCCCAUCUAUGAAGGAUAUGCCCUGCCCCACGCCAUCCUCCGUCUGGACUUGGCUGGCCGUGACCUGACAGACUACCUCAUGAAGAUCCUGACCGAGAGAGGCUACAGCUUCACCACCACAGCCGAAAGGGAAAUUGUCCGUGACAUCAAGGAGAAGCUGUGCUACGUCGCCCUUGACUUUGAGCAGGAAAUGGGCACCGCCGCUUCCUCCUCUUCUCUGGAGAAGAGCUACGAGCUGCCUGACGGGCAGGUCAUCACCAUUGGCAACGAGAGGUUCAGAUGCCCCGAGUCCCUGUUCCAGCCCUCUUUCCUGGGAAUGGAAUCCUGCGGUAUCCAUGAGACCACCUUCAACUCCAUCAUGAAGUGUGACGUCGACAUCCGUAAGGACCUGUAUGCCAACACUGUGCUGUCUGGUGGCACCACCAUGUACCCUGGCAUUGCCGACAGAAUGCAGAAAGAGAUCACAUCCCUGGCCCCUAGCACAAUGAAAAUUAAGAUUAUUGCCCCACCCGAGCGCAAAUACUCCGUCUGGAUCGGUGGCUCUAUCCUGGCUUCCCUGUCCACCUUCCAGCAGAUGUGGAUCAGCAAGCAGGAGUACGAUGAGUCUGGACCCUCCAUUGUCCACCGCAAAUGCUUCUAAACAGACUGUUACCACUUCACACGCCGACUUACUGCGCAGAGAAUACCCAAAACAACAAAUUGGCAUGGCUUUUGUUAUUUUUUUUUGAUGCUUGACUCAGGAUUUAAAAACUGGAACAUGAAGGUGACGGCAAUGUUUUUGGCAAAUAAGCAUCCCCGAAGGUCUACAAUGCAUCUGGACUUAAAAUGUACUUUGUUUUUCCUUUAUUUUUUUUCUAGUCAUUCCAAAUGUUUAAUGUUAAAUGCAUUGUUCACAACUUAUUUGCCUCUAUGAAGGCUGCCCAGUACGUGGGAGCGCAUACUUAAAAACCUUGUAGUAUUACUUAUGUAAGUUAUGUAACCGAAAACAAUGUCUGGUUUUGUACUUUCAGCCUUAAAUUCUUGGUCGGUUUUUUUUUUUUUUUUUUUUUUUUUUUUGUUAUGCAAAAGCUUUACCUUUAUACAAACCAUAAAGGUUUACAUCCCCCUAGGCAUAUAAUAAGCCGUAUGGAAAGUGGCAGUGCCAGACGUAUGGUGGGGCCUACCUGUACACUGACUAAUACAAAUCAAUAAAGUGCACAUGUUUAAAAUGUUCUAA